AUGGUGAACCAGUCGUUUCUGACCAUCUUGCAGAACGAAAAAACCGGGGAGGCCACACUGUCCUUCCUGUUGCAAGUCUAUGCCCUGUUCUACAUGGGAAAUGAACAUUUCGCCUACUGGACGGCCCUGUUUUCCUUGCUCAUCAGUGUUAGAGGCAUUGCUCAAGGCUGUUACAUCCAUUUCGACCUUGCCAUUGUUUGCCAAACACGUCGCGGGGACAUCAGCCGGCCCGCUUCCGUGGUGCCCAGGGAUGGAGAUUCAGACACGGACGUGGUCGCAAUCAGUGUGCUACCAACGGGGGAUCCCUCUGGACCGGAGAGUCCACCUGGUGUAGCGUCACCUGCGGAUGGGCCACCAAUGAUGAGUCUCCAUGACGAAGAUCCGGAAGAGAAACAAAAAGAAGCAGACUGCCAUGGCACCGUGUGUGCAGCACCCGAGAAUUGUGCGGGUGAAAACAUGCAGCAAACAGAAAUGAACGAUGCACUACCCGCUGUGAUUGGCAAAGGGGUGAGUGUGAUCGCGUUUCAUGCACGGCUCUACAACGUCUCACCCAGCAGCAGCGCUGCCAGCCCCUUCCCUGCGGGACUACCAGAGGUUCCAGGCUUUGCACCUUGGAUGCUGGAUGUCUUGGGUGGCGGAUGUGACCUACAUCUUGGUGGCGGUGACGAACCCAUCCCCACAGGCCCUCUCCGAACGCCUCAACGUGCACCUGGAGUCCCAGGGCCGCAACGCCUGCGGCUGCCCUUGGGUCCCGUGGCGGCGCCCACGGCAGACGCGGACAGCAACGGCACCGAGAUCCAGGCGGAGGUGGCCGGGAGCUCAGCCCAGAUCCAGAUCGAAGCCGAGCUGAGCACGGGCCGUUGCAGCGCUGUCUUGUUGGGCAAGGAUCGGUCGGGUGGGCCAGCAGCGGUGAAGGCACUAUCUUUGAAGACGGCCAAGAUUCUUGGAAUUGAUGAGCGAUGCCUCUGGGGGCAAGUUCAGGUCAUGUGCGAGGUGCAGCAUCCGAGUUUGGUUCGGCUGGUGGAUGCCAUGGUCAGCUGGGAGCCUCUGCCCUUCGUGAAGGCUGAGCCGCCCUUUUUGUGCAUCGUCAUGGAGUAUUUGGCCAAUGCUGAACCAUUAUCACAGCGCAUUCGUCAAUGCAUUCCUCACAUGCCUAUCCAACUUGUGGAACGUAUCUUGCUUCAGUUGGCUUCAGCCUUGGCGAGGUUACAUCGAUCUGACGUGGUUCACCGUGAUGUUUGGAGGGAAAACAUCCUCAUUGAGAAGCAAUCAGACAAGGUGACCUUGUUGGACUUGGGCUGCGCAGAGCGGCUCCACAAGCCCAUGCUGAAUAAGAGGUUGAACAUCCCCUACAUGUCACCAGAGGCAGCAGCAGGACUUCCGCAGGAUGUCUCCGAUGACGCAUGGGCCUUGGGGCUGUUGGUCACCGAGAUGGUUACAGGCCGUUUUGUUGCCGAUCGACUUGGUCGUGUGGACAUGCCCAUCCAUUCGCAUCCCGCGCUCGCUCAAGCUUUGGCAGAGACCAUGCAACGGGCGCAUGAUCUGGGUCUGCUGGCCACACAGCUUCUGGAUGUGGCCUCAAGACGUCCCAAGAUGGCGGAGGUGGUUAACUUGCUACGACCAGGCCACCGAAGAGAUACAGAGCCGGAGCGCCGAAUUGUGCCAAGGGAGAAGAAGAUCCAAGUGAGGGCUGCUGGUGGGCCCUCACCGGUUCGACCCACGUCCCCGCUGGGUUUCCGCGGCCGCCUGUGCACCUCCCAGCGGCUCAGCCGCCAUGCAGUCACCCACGUGGACGUGAGUCCUGGUCGUUUCGGGCGAAUCUCGUCGACAUCCAAGAGCCAAGCCAGCCAGAACAGUCUCGGGAGCACGGCCACAGGCUCCCCCGUAGAGCCGGCUGCCUUUCAACCGGGGCAGACGGUGCUGUACUGCCCUCGGGAGGCCGGCGUGCAGAAGGCAACGGUGCUGGGACGUGUGGAUGGAAGAGGUUGGCAGAUUCAACUGGAGAAUGGUUUGUGCCGCAUGGUCGAAGAUGCUGAGGAGUGGCGUUUGUGUCUUUGUGAUUUGCCUCAGCCUCCCAGGCCCCCACCGGCAGAGGGUCCCGUUCUGGCUUGGGCGGAGGUGCGCCAGGCUCCCAUGGGCAAGGUCUUGAGCACCUCUUCGACGGUCUCAUCACUGGCCACGGCCCUCACGGGAUCCACCGCAGCAACGGAGGCCGUCGAAGCGCCAAGGAGCGGCCCCAAAGUCGUGAGCAAAUCCUACACAAUGUGGACGAGGCCUCUCCCGGCGGCAACACGGGCGCGUCGGCAGCUUCUCUUCGGCCCUUCGUAG